AUCUUUAUGCGGGAUCUCGUAUAAAUGUAGUUAUGAACCGAAUAACCGUUUACACUAUAGAUGAAAGUUUGAAAAAUGAAUUACUUGUACUUCCUCAAUAUAGGAAUAUACUUGCUGUUACCAGAGAGCAUAAUCCAGUGUUUGUUGGUGUUUAUAUUGAUAUAGAACGGAAUAAUGUCGUUAUAACUUUAUAUGAUGGACAUAAUGCCGAGUAUAUAGUGGAUGUCAGACAAUUUGACCCAAUUUUUGAUCGCUUUUUAGCAAGAAUGAGAGCAACAAACGAAGAAGUUUUUGUAACCACAGAACUUGGCUAUCGGCAUAAUCAAAAUUAUCAUCUUUUACCGUGGACUUCACAUGUUGAGCACAAUAAUAUUGAAGAAUGA